AUGGCUGGAGGUUUUGUAGAAGCCAUCAGCCAACCCAAGUAUUAUAUGGUCGAACUGAGCAAAGACGUUGUUGAGCCUGGACGGCCUGCAUACCCAAAACUCCGAGAAGAGUUUGGUGCCGAUUUCUUCGAUGUCCACACGGGCGCAUUGAAUCGUACAAAGCUGGGCGAUCUUGUCUUCGGUGACGCUGAGAAACGACGGAAAUUAAAUGGCAUCGUGCACCCAGCAGUACGAUGGGAGAUGUUCAUGCAGAUACUGAACUAUAUUCUUUUUGGUAAUCACUACAUCGUCCUCGACAUACCCCUACUAAUCGAAUCAGGCUAUCACAAGUUUCUUUGGACAGUAAUUGUGGUUUGGUGUGACGAUGAGACGCAACUGAAUCGGCUGAUGCGACGAGACGGUUUGACGGAAGCGGACGCUUCGUCGCGAAUAGCCGCCCAGCUGCCGGUAAGGAAGAAGAUGGAGUUGGCGUCAAUUCUAAUUGACAACAAUGGAUCAAGAGAGGAGUUACAAGAGAAGGUGUGA